GACGCCCGUGAACACACUCUCGUCCGCUUCGCAAGAUGACUUGCACAGAUCGGCGUCUUUGCUCUAGCUUCCCUAAUCGUCCUUCCCUCUACGCGCCCGAUCUUGCCGACGGAGGCGAUGGUGGCGGUACCCGCGGUGAGGUUCCCGAUGUCCGGCCUCGCACGGCUGCUUGGCGUGGCCGCGGCAGCGGUCAUCGUCGUCUGGGCCGUCCACUUCCGCGGCGGUAUGGCGCUCUCCGCCGAGAAAGACAAGCUUCUCAUCUUCAACGUACACCCUGUGCUAAUGCUGAUUGGAUUGGUAGUCCUGAAUGGCGAAGCUCUUUUGGCGUACAAGACAGUGCCAGGAACCAAGAAACUGAAGAAGUUAGUACACAUUACAUUGCAGUUCCUUGCCAUGUUUUUGAGUCUAGUUGGCCUCUGGGCUGUCUGGAAGUUCCACGAUGAAAAAGAAAUUGACCACUUGUACACACUCCACUCCUGGUUGGGCCUUUCUUGCAUCAUCAUCUUCAGCUUGCAGUGGGCUGCUGGUUUUUUGACCUUCUGGUACCCUGGAGGAUCGAGAAGCGACAGAGCGUCCCUGCUCCCCUGGCAUGUGUUCUUGGGUGUAUUUCUCUAUGUUCUUGCCAUCGCCACAAGCGUGACUGGACUUCUGGAGAAGUCAAUCUUCAUGCAGAGUGCAAAAAUGAUCGGGCGCUUCUCCACAGAAGCGAUGCUGAUGAACUCACUGGGGAUGAUGCUGAUACUACUAGGAGCUCUUGUUAUUCUUGCUAUUUUUAACCCUGGAGCUGGCAAGAUUGACACGUACCGAGGUUCUUCAGAGUGAGAGGGAAUGGAAGGGAAAUGGGAGUGUCUUGUUCUUGGGCUGCAGCUAGUCAUAAACUACACCUUUCUUGCUUCAACCUAGGAAAUUUUAUAUGUAUGUGUCAUUGCCCUCUGGGCUGUUAUUUAUUUUUAAUCUGCGAAUUGAACGAUUAACCCUGUUCCCGUCAGGAACUGUUUCCCUAUCCAUUCUUGUGGCAAACUGAUCAGUCAAGCUGACAGAAAUUACAAAUGAGGAUGUCUUUUGGAGGUG